AUGCCUACUUAUUACAAAUGGUCCUCAGCCAAAAAACAGGCACAAAAACAUGAAUAUCCAAGUUUAGAAGUUUCUAACCAUCCGUUAAAAGUAGAAGUUCAUAAUCUUAAAAUGAGCGCAAAUAAAAGUUUUCUUCAAAGUCUUCAUAAAUGUUGUUCACCCUUUGAGGAACUGGAUCCAUUAUUAAGAUUUGAACAAAUGAAUUUAGGCAAUGAUGAUGGUCACUUAGAGAAAAAUGAUGUUUCAAUUCAUUAUGGUAGAACUUGGAAUGUAAAACGUUUAGCUAUAUUGAACAAAUAUACAACUGGUGAAAAAUUAACAAUUAUCAGCAGUUUUCUACCAGGGGGUGAAAAAAUUAGUUCCUUUUCAGCACUAUUGAGACAGGUAUCAAAUCUUAAUGAAAAGGUGAAACAUAGAUUAGAACAGCUUGAUGAUUUUGAUGAAUCGUCUGUAAGGAAAACAAUGGGUUUAAGCCAACAGGAGUUUGUUACUAAGAUUCAUAUGCUUAAUGAUGAGAUCAAAAAGGCUUGGGACAGUGAACAACGCGUGAAGGCAUUUAAAAUAGCUAUUCAAUGUUCGAAGCUACUUUCAGAUAUAAAUGUGAUGCAGUUUUAUCCCAGCAAGUUUGUCUUAAUAAGUGAUGUUUUGGAUAACUUUGGUGCUUUGGUUUUUGAUCGCUUAAAAAAUAAAAGUUUUGGUAAUGCAAAUAUAGAAUUUGAAAACAUCAUAUCUGCCAAUGUUCCCGAGUCAGCUAGAGAAACCUGCCAGAAUUGGAUGUUUAAGAUGGCUUCCAUAAGAGAGCUACUGCCAAGAUUGUACAUGGAGAUAGCAUUACUCAAGUGCUAUGUGUUUAUUUCAAAAGAAGAAAUAAAACCUUCAAUUGCUAGACUAAUAACAAUGAUCAGGGGCAUUGGCAACCCCCUUGUAGCUGCUUAUAUCAGGGUGUAUUUAUGUAAAGUAGCAUCGAAAUUAUUUGGAAAAGACAGUGAAUGUUACUUUUAUGAUAAUUUGAAGGAGUUCUUGAUUGACUAUCAACAGAUUUUUCAUCCAGUAAUGGCAAAGAAGUUUGGAACUCAAUUAUUAACAGCAGACCAAUAUCUCGGUCUUUACAUACCAGCUGUUGAUUGGAUGCUUUUCGGAACAUUAAACGCAACCAAAUGUGAGGUUACACUCUUAGAAGAAUUACUGCAGCAGUGUCAAAACACAGAAAACAGUGAACUUUUGCUUUGCUGCUUGGUGUCGGCUUUCAAUUCUUCGAGUGUUAUAGCAAAAUCAUCUACUAUUCUGGAUAUUAUUCAAAAAUCGGCAGAUCAUAUGGUUCUCCUUAAUCAAGUAUUGACGUCGCUGGGCGAGCACCUCUGCCACGCCGAGCACUACCGCCACCCCGCCUCCGAAGCCUUGAGCCAGACCUGGUGGAAAAUAGCAAGCAACAUGAAAUCCACUGCACAUUUCUUACAAGUUCUUGAACCAUGGCUACAAUUUGCAUGCACGCAGUUGUCGAGCCAACACAUAAACAUGUUGCUGCGCGGCACGAUACGCUACAUGAUCAAGGGCGGUGCGCCCGCCGACGAGCACGGCGCGCCCGCACGGGCCGCCUUGCGCCGCGCGCUCAAGUCUAUACCCGACGUUGAAGAACUUUUCUUAAUGGAUGCAUUCAUGCCACUGGUAGAGUUAGCGCAGACAUCGAGCGCUCGCACCGUGAUGGCGAAGACCGUGCUCUCAGUGUUCUUCGAGAGAUACACCUCCGUACAAAUAGGCGACCACAUUAUAAUCUCCAGCCUCAUGAGACUGUGUUGUAUAGUUCACGACUCGAUCAAUGCUGUGACAGUCGAAGAUGAAAGUAAAUUUUGUGCGGAACUCAUUAAUAAGUUUAUUCACGCUGUGACGUAUCAGGACGAUUUGGAGCAACAGUUGAAUUUCUACGUCGAAUGCCGAUCAGCGUUUAUAAAACUAGACUCAGUGCUCGUAGCUUUAAUACAUGCGGUGAACGCGCUGUCGUGCGCGGAGGGCGCGCGGGGCGCGGGCGGACGCGGGUGGCUGCAGCGCGCGUGCGCCGCCUACUGCGGCGUGACGGCGCCGUCGCUGGGCUGCCCGCUGGCGCGCGCGCACCUGCACCUGCUCACCGCGCACGCCGCGCUGCUCGCCGGCAGCGUAGGACAGGCUGAGGCAAACUUGAAGUCUUUCGUUAGCCUCAUUCCUGACAUUCCCCAAUACAUUCAAGAGGACGGACAAAACAAACCUACACACGAUAAAGUAGUCGGGCUCAUCAGCAAUUUCUUAUCCACUCUUCUUAUAUUGCCAGAUAACAUGGAUAGUAAUUGCAAAGCGUACAUACUGAGUGGAUUUAUAAAAACAAUGGAAAGGAUUCACUGGAAGAAAACUGAUCCACAGUACUACACUAUCCUACUUAGAACGUUGGAUCUCCUCUGCCACAUGACGCAGGAAAUAUAUGUCUAUCACAUAGACGGAGUUCUAUCUAACGACGAGUUGUAUGGGGCGGAAGAAGAAUUCGUCGAAGUUAUAGAGAAUCACGCGACCAAUAUAUGCCAAGAACUACUGGUUGUUUUAAAGGCAUUGGGAGACGCUAAAGAAACAAAAAAGCAAUAUAAUUUAGCGUUAGAAUUGUUUUGGCGGAUCAUCAGACGAGGCGACCUUCGGGAAGGUUCCAUGGCCAGCUUGGCGGCUAACUUGUGGGUUCUAUCGCAAAAACUUCAGGACUCUAUUGACAAAUACGCGAAAACAAUGCUAAUAUCCUUGGAAAAUGACAAAAACCCGGCGAGUCAGCGACUGUUUGAGAAGUUAAAGGGAGGAAGU